CAAUUAUCUCUCGCCGACUGUUCCCCGGCCAGCCAAGUCGCAUGCCAAGUUGCCUCAAGACCCCUCGAAGUAAUACUGUUCCCAUGGUGUUGGGGUCGAGCUAGGUUAUCGGCUUGCAGGUGAGGGAGCUGUAUAUAAAGCGGUGAACUUGCGGCCGUCUCUGCACCUAGUUCUCUCGCUUCUCCCUCAUCGACACGGGGCCGGUCAGUCACUCUCAAUCAAGAUGAAGAGCUUCGAAGUCCUCGCUUUCGCCGCGCUGUUCGCAGCUCCAGGCCUAGCGACGGAUAAUGUCCUGACGCCAGAAGGUCUUGUAGAAAAGAUCAAGACGGCAGAGUUAGAACGUAAUCUCUGGAACCUUGACCGCAUUGGUAAGGAGAACGGUGGCCACCGCGCCUUCGGAUCUCCUGGGUACAAGGCAUCCUCUGAUUACAUCCUCGAACGCGCGAAGACACGCUUCGGGCCCGAGUACGACACCACCGUACAAGAGUUCGACCACUUGUACAACGAGGUUCGCGAGAUCUCCGUUACCGGGCCCAAUGGCGAAUCGGUCGCUACUGUCACCCUCAUCUAUAACCCGGGGACAGACGAUGGCCCGAUUAAGGCUCCACUGAUUGAUACCCCCGUGGACGAUGAAAGAGGAUCGGCCUGCUUCGAAGAUCAAUGGGAGGGUAUCGACGCUACUGGCAAGAUCGCACUGAUAAAGCGCGGCAGCUGUGCGCUCUCGGAUAAGCUCAAGCUCGCCAGAGCCCACGGCGCGUCUGGUGCUCUAAUCUACCACAACCUCGCGGGGACGCCUAGCUCGGCAACCCUCGGAGCUGAGAACUACGGGUUGCUGGUCCCCGUGGCAGUUAUCCCGCUUUCUGUAGGCUCGGCCUGGAAAGAGAAGCUGGCCGCCAAUGAGGAGGUGAUUGUAGAGUUGUACAUCGACGCCAUAUUCGAGGAGCGCACGUCAUGGAACAUCAUCGCCGAGACCAAGCAAGGUGAUCCGAACAGUGUUAUUAUGCUCGGCGCACACCUCGACAGCGUGCAAACCGGCCCAGGUGUGAACGAUGAUGGCUCGGGAACCAGCGCGUUGCUUGAGAUCAUGACCGAGCUCCGCUACUACGAAGGGUACCCGAACAAGGUCCGUUUCGCCUGGUGGGGUGCAGAGGAAAGCGGACUCAUAGGCUCGCUGCACUACACGGAGAGCCUGACACCCGAGGAAGCUGACCAGAUCAAAUUCUACUUCAACUACGACAUGGUGGGGUCGCCCUACCCGAACUACGAGAUCUACAUCGGCGACAACGAGGGUGACGAGGCCGGCGCUUCUCUGCUCAUGCAGUACUUGACGGAUGCGGGCAAGGAGCCGUACUACGUCAAUUUCGGGACGAGCUCCGACUACGUCGGCUUUGUCGAGCUGGGCAUCCCCUCCUCCGGCAUCUUCACGGGCGCCAGCGCCGCUACCGAUCCCUGCUACCAUCUCGCAUGCGACACUCUUUCCAAUGUCAACCUUGACGCUCUCACCGUCAAUGCCAAGGCCGCUGCCAACGCGGCCGCCAAGCUCGCCCUCUCGCUCGAUGGCGUGCCCGUGCGACGCAACGUCUCUCUCAACCCUCGUAGCAAAGACGGGGCUCGGGCUCAGUUCCUCAAGUGGAAGAGGGCUGCCGCAACUGCAGCUACUCAGAAGUCGUGCUCCCACAGGGUUGAUAACACCAUCUAAGGGGUCUUAUCGUGAUGUAUAUAUACAUAUAUAGCCUUGAGCACUAAAAUGACAGUAAAGUUUAAGAUUACAACGGGGAUUGCGUAUGCUAGAUAAACUACACAAACGUCAAAUCUAUACCAAUUCUUGUAGAGCAAGUUUUUCCUGUCCGCAGCAUUCCGUUCUCUGAUAAGGUUGUCUGUGGUGACAUAGACGACUGAUCAUAGAGGUUGUUUGAAAUGGGUCUAGGAUUGUAUAGAGCACAAGCUGGACUGUCUAUUUCUCAAAGAGUAUCUGAAUUCUGCUGUUGUAGAUAUGUGUGGUGUCAAGUGGU